AUGAGUGGGGAUGACAUGGUUUCAGAAGUUACGGUGAUGGAUAAGAGAGUCGUCAUCUUGUUUAUCGUUGUAUUCCUUUUGUGCCUGGUGGCAGUGGUCGGGAACGGCUUCAUUAUUGUAGCACUGGGCAUGGAGUGGUGGCGACGCAGAAUGUUGUCACCUUGCGAUCAGUUGUUGGUCAGCCUGGGGGUCUCUCGCUUCUGUCUGCAGUGGGUGGUGAUCAGUAAGAGCACUUAUGUCUUCCUGUAUCCAAAGGUCUUCCUGUACAACCCUGUACUCCAGUUCCUAGCCUUGCAGUGGGACUUCUGGAACACUGCCACCUUAUGGUUUUGCAGCUGGCUCAGUGUCUUCUAUUGCGUGAAAAUUGUAACCCUCACUCACCCUGUCUUCCUCUGGCUAAAGCGGAAGUUGUCUGGCUUGGUUCCAUGGAUGCUGCUCAGCUCUGUGGGGUUCUCUAGCUUGAGCACCAUCGUGUUUUGCAUAGGCAACCAAAGCACAUAUCAGAACUAUUUACGGAGAGGUCUGCAGUCGUGGAAUGUCACUGGGGGUGCUGUCGGGAGAACACAUGAGAAAUUCUUUUUCCCUCUAAAAAUUGUUACCUGGACAAUCCCUACCAUUGUCUUCCUCGCUGGCAUGGUUUUGCUCAUCACAUCUCUGGGAAGACACGCCAAGAAGACCUUCCUGUCCAUCUCUGGCGCUCGCGAUCCCCGUUCUCAGGCACACAUCAAGGCUCUCCUGGCUCUUACCUCCUUUACCAUCCUCUUCACCUACUCUUUUCUGUCACUGAUGCUCAAAGCUACAGGUGUUUUCCCAUCUCGGGAAUUGAAGUACGGGGUGUGGCAGGCAGGCAUUUAUCUGUGCACAGCGGUCCACCCCAUCAUUCUACUCGUGAGCAACCCCAGGCUGAGAGCUGUGCUGGUGAGGGGCUGCUCCUUACGGCGGGCGGGGGCAUCUUGA